AUGUCUUCAAACUUGAUUCGAUUCGUCGGAAACCAUGAUAUUGCUUCAGAAGGGAAAUUUCUCUUCGAAAUUCUUUCUCAGCUCCGUAAUUUUGGAGUUGGCCGACUCGUCACGAAAAAUGAAUGGACACGAAAAUGGCCGAAUAAUCCGUCCUACAUGAAAAUUCUGAGGGCAGAGCCAGGCAUGGAUCGUUGGCUAUUCGAAGGAAAAGUUUAUGCUGAAUGGGUUUUCCGCGGAAAGAAUUUGGGAGUUUAUGAAUUUUCGAAGGAUUUGAACAGAAGUGACUGGCAAUUAGUGCACAAACAUCAAGAAAAUUCAUUCACAUCGUGUGCGACGCCCAUGCAGGAAAUGGUACUCCCUGACUCAUUUCCAUUACCACCACUUCAAGUACAUUUAUCCCAAAAAAGCGCCAGAAAAAAUGGGUUGGAUGAGAAGACAAUAUCGAGAAGAGCACCGCUUGCAUUGAGUAUUGAUCCAGAGUUUGAGCAUUUGAAACCAUUCAUCAAACAGGAGACACCACAGUCGAAAAGCUCAUCGAUUUAUGACGAGGUUGACAAGAAUGUCCUGUUGGAUCUGUAUGGAAAUGAACUGCCUGUAAAAGUAGAAGCAUGGAAUGCCGGUCCAGCUGCAUUCCAGCCACGAUUUAACGCUACAGUGAUGCGAGUAGAGGAACAACCGAAGUGA